CGCGUCUUCCCCGGAAUCCCCCCAACAACGACAACAACAACAGACCACAAUGGAGCCAUCCAACCCGCCGCUGCCACCAUCCUUCCCCUUGCCGGCGGUCCACCGCGAAUUGGCCGCAUAUGUCCACCCUCCCGCCGAGACGCACAGAACCCGCUCCCUGCUGACCACGCACCUCCACCACCUCGCCGCGCAGCCGCGCAUCACCUCCGCUUCGGGUAGCGCCGACGAGUUCCGAAGGUUCCUGGAAUUGGAGCUGGGCCGCCACGAUGGCGUCCGGAAGAACUAUCUUGCUGCGCUAAGGGAGAAUGUCGAGGCGAAGAGGGAGUAUGCGGCCGCUGUUGCUGCGCUGGCGGCUUCGGAGGAGGGGGAUAGUGGCGGGGAUGGGGAGGAUGAUGAUGAUGAAGAGGAGGCGGGACGCGAGGCAGAUGGGUGGAAACAGGCGUAUGUCGAUGUUUUACGGUUGAGGAGGCAGGUGGGACGGUUGACGGUGCUGCGGGAGGGCGUGGCCGCGCUGGCUGAUGCGAGUAUUGAGCGGCCACCGGGUGGGCUAGGUGGUGCGUACGCGGAGAAGCCGCCGGAGAUGCCGGAGGCGUUGAUGCCGGCUGGGAAGGCGGCGGAAGAGGCGGGCAAGGGUGGGGUUGAGGCUGGGUGUGAAGCGGUUGUGUUGGCGGUGCAGAGAAGGAUUGUGGAGGCUAGUGAGGCGCUGGCGGAGGAGACGGCCAAGGUGGGGAAGUUGGGUAAUGGUGGGUUUGGGAGGAGGAUGGAUGGGUUGAGGGCUGUGCAGACGGAGCUUUUGGCGUGGUUGGAGAAGGCGUUGACGCACGAGGAGGUGGAGGAGACCACUGCACCGACAGCGGAGGAUAUAGACAUGGAGAAAUCAUCUACUGCCGCCGCUACCACAACCUCCACCAAAACGAUCGCCGAAGUCCUCCAAGAUAUCGACGCCGCCUACGCCGGCUACCUCUCCGCGCGCACUGAACUGCUAGAACACAUGACCGACACACUACAUACUACUGCUGAACCACUAUCCAGCGAAGAUGCCGAGCAGAGCGAGGAAAUAAAAGAACUCCUUGCUUCGCGCCUCGACGUUUCCCCACCGCUCCCAGCCCCGCAGGUCCUCCGCGUCCUCGCUCGCUGUGAACACCUUCUCCCGCUGGUACGCACACAAAAGUCCCUCCUAGUUGCCCAGAACUGGGCCGCCAGCUCCUUCGCUCGCCGGCGCAUAGAGCUCACGGAGCUCCUCCCGUCCCCGGACGACGACGUGAUCUUAGCCGCCAACAAAAAAGUGGAAGAAGUCAAUACUGCCAUGGCCGCUGCGGAAGCGACAGCUCACGGAUACAACCAGCAUGCGAUUGAACAGCUGCGCGAUGCUAAGAUCAUCGCCGAGGAACUGGAUACACUCUGUGCUGGCGGAUCGAGGAAGAAGGCGAAGCGGCGGGGCAUUCCGGUUAGGGGCAGUGGUGGGAAGUUUCAGCAGUCGGAGGAGGAGGGGCCGAGGGGUGUUUGGGCGGGGCUGGGGGGCGGUGUGGGGGUUAUUGGUGAUGGUAUCUGAAGAUCCCUUGGAUGGGCUAUGAUUAAUGAUGUGAUGAUUGUGGGCUCGGACGGCGUUAGCUUGUAUUACGAACGAGAGUGGUAAUGGUGGAUGUACAGCACCUACAUAUCUAGUUGAUUGUCCCGUGUAAUAGAAUGGAGAACUUGGGAAUCGUUGGUUGGAUGCGUGCGGUCAAAACAAUCGAAUUCGAACAUGCGAGUCACGACCACGGAGGAA